AACACUGAAUUAGUUUGUGGCUUCAUUUUUAAGGGUGAGGUGUUAAGAGAUUCCCCUUGUCGUUUUUAUAUUGUUCUAACAUAAAGUACAAAAUGCUGGUGUAGUUCUAUCAACUAAAAGUGCUCGAAUAUGUGUCGUGAUAGUGAAUUAUACGAGAACAGUUUCAUUAAAGUGUAGUUUCCAUCAUGUUUCGAUGUAUACCUUUGUUCAAAUGUAAUCGUCAAGUGGAAUGUGUAGACAAGCGGCACUGCUCGUUGCCAACAGUACCUGAAGACAUUUUACGUUACUCCAGGAGUUUAGAAGAACUGUUUUUGGAUGCUAAUCAUAUACGAGAUCUGCCUAAGAACUUCUUCAGAUUACAUAGACUGAGGCGUUUGGGUCUUAGUGAUAAUGAAAUACACAAAUUGCCAUCAGAUAUUCAGAACUUUGAAAAUUUAGUUGAAUUAGAUGUAUCUCGAAAUGACAUUCCCGACAUACCAGAAGACAUCAAGAAACUCCGUUCUCUUCAGAUCGCGGACUUCAGUAGCAACCCGAUACCACGGCUGCCAGCUGGAUUCAGCCAGCUACGGUCGCUCACAGUUCUUGGUCUCAAUGAUAUGUCGCUCACCAGCCUACCAAGCGACUUUGGCAGCUUGGUGUCUCUCCAAUCACUGGAGUUGAGAGAGAAUUUGUUGAAGUCCCUGCCGGAGUCAUUGAAAAAUCUUAUUAAACUGGAAAGAUUGGACCUCGGUGAUAAUGAAAUUGAAAUACUUCCCGGAUUUAUUGGGGAAUUGCCUGCACUACAAGAGUUAUGGCUCGAUCACAACAAGCUACAGUAUUUACCCUCAGAAAUAGGAAAUUUGAAAGCUUUAAUAUGCCUCGAUGUUAGCGAGAAUAAACUCGAAAAGAUACCAGAAGAGAUCGGCGGAUUGUGUUCGUUAACUGAUCUGCAUUUAUCGCAGAACAUGCUAGAGACUAUACCAAACGGUAUUGGAAGUGUCGGGAAGUUAACAAUAUUAAAACUGGACCAAAAUAGAUUACAUACAUUAAAUGAAAAUGUGGGAAGAUGUACAAACCUGCAAGAGCUUAUUCUAACGGAAAAUUUUCUGACGGAAAUGCCGAGAUCUAUAGGAAAUCUGAACGAGCUGACGGUACUUAAUGUCGAUAGGAACUCCUUGGGUGAAAUACCAGCUGAGAUAGGCAAUAUGACAUUGUUGGGUGUACUAAGUCUGCGAGAUAAUAAACUAACCAAGCUGCCAAACGAGAUAGGAAACUGUAAAUCCCUCCAUGUUUUAGAUGUUAGCGGUAAUCGAUUACAAUAUCUUCCAUAUACCCUGGUCAAUUUAGAGUUAAAAGCAGUUUGGCUGUCUGAGAAUCAAGCGCAGCCAUUGCUAACCUUCCAAACAGACAGAGACGAAACAACUGGCGAGAAUGUCCUCACGUGCUUCCUAUUACCUCAGCUGAGUUACACACAACAACCAGAGUUGGAACACACAUCAGAGGUCGGCAGUGGCACGUGGUUCAGGGAACACAGAUUUAAUUCACAGUCGCAAGAGCUUGAUAGGAUAAGAGAAUCAACGUUUUCACGUGACCGCGACUCCGACGACGAUUGGGAAGAAAAGGAAGCAUCGCGUACAAUAUCUGUGAAAUUCACCGAAGAUGUGUCAGAAGCGAAAGAGGUUUCCAUUCAAGAAGACAGCGAGGAAGCGUCCGAUUCUUUCUUCGGCACACAGAUGCUAGGCCUAAGGCGGCCUUUAAAUGUAGUACGCAAGCUAGUCACGACACAACGAAGGAGCUCACUACAAAGGCUCUCCUCGAUAACAAACCUCGCUGAGACGCCGUUCGUCCGACAAAAUACACCUCACCCAAGAGACCUUAAGGCGAAAGCAGUUAAACUGUUCACGAGGACGCCGGAGCAGCAGAAUGAAGCACCAACGACCAAUGGGAUUAUCUCACCAGAACCAGUUCAAGCCAAGGAAAUUAUCGAGCCGCCACCAGUACAGCCUGCGCAGGAGACACAAGACGAAGAUAGCGACACACAGACGCAUGACAAGGAAUCAACCGACGGUGAAAAUUACGACAAUGACGAAUCUGAUGAACUAGAGCGGGCAGGCAGACGUGUAGCCUGGCGAGGGGUAACAGACCGGGGUCCCACCGGACCGGUGGGGGGUCGGUUGCAUCGGCGGGACACCCCCCACCACUUGAAGAACAAACGCAUCAGUCAAGUGGACGCUGGAAGAGCGAGGGAACUUAUUGCGCAGGCGAUCAAGAAGAAAGAGCAGCCGGAAGAACAUAAAACAGAUGAUGAAGAAGGGGUCGAUGAUGUUCCUGAUGGUGAAUCAGUAUCGGAUCGUCCUGAAAGCGAAACAAGAAUACCAGGCGAGCAGAGAUGUAUGGAAGUUAGGAUUGCCCGAGCGGCGGGAGGUCUCGGUCUCAGUAUAGCUGGAGGCAGAGGAUCUACGCCCUACAUCGGUGAUGACGAAGGCAUCUUCAUAUCGCGGGUCACGCCAAGUGGCCCAGCUUACCAGGCUGGACUUAGGGUUGGUGAUAAAGUACUAUCCGUUAACGGUACGUCUGUUAUUGAGGUAGACCAUUACUACGCCGUGGAAGUUCUAAAGGCAAGUGGAGCUACACUCACGUUAGUUGUCACCAGGGAGUCUCCUACGUCUACGAGAACGCAUAGCCGUGCACCGAGUGGAGCGAGCCAUCACUCAAUAUCUACAGCCGAUACAGUAUCAACCCUCGAGAAUGGACAGAUACUAACCGGUCGUGGAAUACCAACGAAGCAGUUAAUCAUCAGCAAUCAGUAUGCGCAAGAGUUGGAGCCGGAACAGAAGGACCAAUUGCAGUUUACGAGUCCGGUUAUAUUGUCAUCACCUAUUCCUUCACCCACUCCAGCCACUUAUCACCGACUUGAGGCUUCACCACCUCCCGCUACGCAACCUUAUAUACCGCCAGUGUACUACCAAAAAGUCCUAGUACACACGACGCUUAUUCGUGACGGUGCCGGGCUCGGCUUCAGCAUAGCUGGUGGGAAAGGAUCUCCUCCGUACAGAGAUGACAGUGACGCUAUUUAUGUCUCUCGGAUAUCCCCACAGGGGGCAGCCGCUAAGGACGGAAAGAUGGCUGUCGGAGAUAAAGUUGUGUCGAUAAAUGGUGUUGACAUGGAGAACGCUUCGCACGAAGCGGUUGUGGCGUUGCUAACGGGUCACGAAAGAUUCGUCAGACUUGUUCUUCAACGUAGUAUCACUCCUGAACAAGCGGAUGCCCUAGCCAGGAAAUCGACGUCAGAAGACGUGAGAGAGCACAAAACAAGUCUCACCAAUUUGAAUUCGAAUAAACCAAUUGCAAAUCACGUAUCACAUAACCACACAGCCCCGCGAGUUACGACACACGUUGCCCCACAGAUUGCCCCACAAAUCGCUCCACAAAUAGCUCCAAAAGCCCCACUAAAACUUAAUAUACAGCCACAAAAUAUCCCGCCCCAACCAGCGCCAAGGAAACUUAGUCAAACCAACGGAACGGCGGAAAGGAAGCCAACUAACAGUGCGAGCACGCCUCUAACGCCCGCCGGUAGAUUGCACGGAUCUAACGACGAUGUCUUCGACGACAUACAGCCGGCGCGGCCGAUCACGAACGAGGAGUUCCAAGCGAUGAUCCCGGCUCACUUCCUGGGCGGGCCUCGGGCUCCGGCCCCGCCUCCCCAGGGCCUCCGCAUCACCGUGGAGCGGCCUCAGGCCGAAGUGCUUCUGCCUCCCGCGCCCUCCGCCCUCGGCCGCGUCACUGAGACCAUCACCAAGUCCACCUUCACCGAGACGACGGUCACCCGGGUCACAGAUAACCACCUAGCGACGCCCUUGAUCAUAGAAGACGUGACGUUGGUUAAAGAGGGUGGUUCGCUUGGCUUCAGUAUUAUUGGAGGGACAGAUCACUCGUGCGUUCCGUUUGGCGCUAAGGAACCUGGAAUAUUUAUAUCACAUGUGGUACCAGGAGGUGUAGCAGCUCGUUCGGGCAAGCUUCGUAUGGGCGAUCGCUUGCUUAAAGUCAACGGAAACGAUCUCGCCGGUGCAUCGCAUAGAGAUGCAGUUCAACUUUUAUUGCAGCCCGGGAACACACUCGCGUUAUCUGUGAGACACGACCCAUUGCCACCCGGGUUCCAGGACCUAACAAUAGUAAAGCAAGAAGGCGAAAAACUGGGUAUGCAUAUAAAGGGUGGUCUAAAUGGCCAACGAGGAAAUCCCAACGACCCUAACGAUGAAGGAGUUUUCAUAUCUAAGAUUAAUAGCGGUGGAGCGGCCAGGAGAGAUGGUAGAUUAAAGGUGGGCAUGCGAUUGUUGGAAGUGAACGGCAUCUCGCUUUUGGGUGCCACUCACAAUGAAGCCGUGAACGCUCUACGCUCCGCUACAAACGCUCCUUUACACCUCGUAGUCUGCCACGGCUACUCACGACCUGAGAAAUAUACCACCGGUAGCGAGAGCGGGACAGCAGAGACGGGAGGUUCGUUGUCUCACUCUACGUCCAGCCUUGAUCGGGACGACACCCUUCAUCAACAACAGGACAACAAUGUGCACCAAGAUAUUGUACAGUUUGAGCAAGAAAAGCAAGUAGCUGAGAUGAGAGAAAAGUCUACACCAGAAAAGGUAAUGGACAUAGUGCACGCAGUGGAAAGUAUCGCAAUGGACCCGGGUCCGCCCAUUUCUCCAGAACCUCACCAUAAAACAACUACAGUCGUAAUGUCCAAACAUACGCUGCAGCCUCAGUCGUCUAGUUCGCAAGCGGCGCCGCUUUCGCCGCUCGCGGUGUUCACGGAACAAAAGGUGAAGACGCCUCCUCCGAUGGACAACGGUACUUCCGUGGAUCCGCCGCUUCGCCCGCCCCCUCCGCCUCAACCGCCCAAACAGAAACCUCAAGUUCCCCGCAAACCGCAAAUCAAGCGAGUUAGUUUCACUCCGGAUUCAAAAGACGUACACGAUCUAACCUUGUCGACAAACGAACGAACGAACCCUCAACCCGUAACGCAUGAAUUGCAUGAACGCUCCGCGACAGAAUCGGAUACUAACGAUGCUUGCCCAGAAAAGAUCCCAUUACUAACUCAGAGUCAGACCAAGGUCGAAGUCAAAACGAUAACCAACAUUGUUCGUCCUGAAGAUUUUAUUAUUCCCCCUCCGCCAUUAUUUGCAACAAAAGUAAGUGAGAGUAAAUUAAUUCACGAUGAUGUAAACGACGUAGUUCCGCUAAUCGCUGUUGUCCCCGAGCGCAUCGUGCUUCCUCAACCAACUGUGGCAGAAACAACCGUGCAGUCCUCUAACUCCACAAAUUCGCCAGAAACAGAAAACCCUCCGCCAAUCAAUUAUACAGCUUAUCCUCAUUUGGAACCAUCCGUUAAAAUCAUUGAUAACAAUAUACGUUCAACCCUAUUUUCUGAAGUGCCUUCACAACAAUUCUUCCGUAAUGAACUACCGUCAUUCGAAAGUGACGAACAUUAUACUGAGCUGUCCGUUAGUCCCAGUGGCCAACCUGGCCCGCCCGAAUUACUGCACGCUCAAUAUAAAACUCUUCCUACUGUUUCGCAUGUACCUAAUUCACCUUGUUAUUUACAUCCAACUAGAAGUUAUUUCGCUGAUCUGGCCGUUUCCAAUGAGAAUCAAUCUUUACGAGACUUGCGUGUUAAAAAUUUACCCUCCAUGGUGCACUCCACGACAUAUCCACCCUACGACCCAUAUCCAUCCUUAACUACGGUAGCUGGAACAUAUAAUCCAUACACAUGUAUCGUGCCGCCUCCUCACAAAUCUUUAUCUCCUACAUUAGUCAGUUGUGUAGAGAAGGACAUAAACGUUAACUUAAACCAAAGUGUUCAUGAUGUGGGUAAUCGGCCCAAGAGUGCCCAGUCUGAGAGAAGAGUUCAUUUUGGCGAAGUGACGAGUGCUCUUGAAUCCGAUAUACCGAAAAGUUUGGAAUCUAUGCGAGAGGGAAGCCCUUCGCCCGCAUCCUUGAAACCCGCAUGGAGCAGCAAAAUCAAAUCCUUCGCCAUCGGCGAGACGUCACCACCUCAAUCUGGUAAUUUUGUAAAAGCAUCUGUCAGCGAUAAGAAAAAGUUUUUUGAGAACGCCAUGGAAGAGAGCCAUAAAUCGUCACCAAAACCGGAGAAAGUGUUUACCUUUCUGUCGGCCGAUGAGGUAGAAAAAUUAAAGCAAGAAGAGGAGAGGAAAAUGGCGUCGUUGUCACGUUCCGAGAUGAGUUCUUGGUCCCCAGGGGAGGAGCGUAGCGGAGAAAGUGAACAUUCUGAUGAUGAGCCUUAUGAAAAUGGACACAGCGUUUCACUGGGCGGUGUGAGUCCAUCAGCAAAAUCCCAAAGGCGUAGGGCAGCGCGUGAGAACGCGGAACACGAAGACGCGGACGUACGUGCCGCACGACGAGCGGCUUGGAGAGCUGCACGUCUACGCUCUUUGGAAAAGGAUGCGAUUGAGUCACAAAAAGCAAUUAAAAGCAUGGUGGGCCCGGCGCAUGAGAUCAUUGGAGAAGUCCCUCCAAGGGACACCUCUCCUUCGGAGAAAUGGCCCCUGCCACGUAUCGCGUUACGUACAAAACCGGGCCAGAUACUGGCCGUCAAGGAGAAGGAAAAGUUAUUAGACGAGAGAAUAACGCUCCGCACAGAAGAAUACGUUUGUCCCGCGACCGGCGAUACUAAGGUCCGAACCGUCGAGUACAUUGAGAAAGUCAUUGAGAAAGAGGUGGAGACAACACAAGAGAAAAUUAUAUCAUUGGAAUUGACGACGAGUCCCAGUAGUGAGACGGCACCCACAGAUCUAGAGGGUACGGUAAUAGGUCUCGGGGAAGGGGAAACGGAAGGAGACAACUCUCUCCAACCUGACAUAGUGCAGGUUGUAAACCCCUUGCUUGAUGGCGGCGCAGGCCGCGUCACCGCUAUACCCGUUGGACCGGCACAGAGGCUCACAACCUACUCCGAACAUCAAUAGACUACUAUUGUAUUUUUAUUUUUCUUUUCCAAUUUUGCUUUAUUCCGCAAAAUAUCCCAAAAGGAAUCACGUAAAAAUAUUAUUAGUUCGCGUGCGUUCUCGCUAGGUGCGUGGGAGUCGCCAUGACAACAAUUCACGACACGAUUCCGUCGAUGAUCGUUCGUAGAUUUCUUCGGAACAACGAAAUUUCUCACCAUCUUCUGUAUUAACUGUGAUAAUAAAAUAGAAAUUCCACCGAUUAAUUGAGGCAGAAGAAAUCCACUAACGAUUUUUUGUAUGCAUUUUACGAUCACAAUUUUGUUUUAUUUUUUUUAUUAUUAUUUUGCAACGGAGUUUUAUUUUGAUAUUCUACUUUGAGUACUUUACGUAUUAAAAUAUUUUCAUUCCGUCAUUUAUUGAUCGACUGAAUGUUGAUGCAGUGGUAAUUGUGACUUAAAUUGUAUGUUUUGAGAUUAGGUGUACAUAACACCUGUAACACAUUGUAAUUAAUUCUAAUAUUAUUGGCAUCACAGUCUUCGUUUGAAUUUAGAUUAAAUUUUAGCUUUACGUAUUUUUGUAUUGUCAUCAAUCGUGCAGUAUUUGUGUUCGGUGUAUUAAUUUAAUUCAAUUAUUUUAUUGUAAUAGUUGUAUGUGGUGCCUUAAUUAUUAUUGUAUAAUAGCGAUUUUAACAAUGUCACUUGUUGUAAUAAAUUAUAAUAGAUUCCAAUUUUAAUUGUUAAUAUUUCAAUUAUUGCAUUUGUAACUGUAUGACCUUUUUACCAUGUUGUAUAAUUGUCUAUUGACUUAUCAAAUUGUAUAUUUCCGUUUUUAACUGUUUUUGAAAAUUAUUAAAUAGGUAUUCGCUAUGAAUGAAUUGUAUUGUGCGAAUGGUAAUUGUGUGCCCUUUGUAACUUUUUAAGCUCUUUAGCUACUUGUGGAUAUAAACUAAUGAAUUAUUGUACGUUUGUCCUAUAAAUGGUUUAAUAUAUAUUUUAAUAAAAUUA